AUGAACCGCGUACCUCACAAUAUCCCUCUUCAUCGCGAACUCAUCCUUCUCCGAGACGACACAGCGCGACUACUUGGCUGGGCUAACCACUUUGAAUUCAAGACGUCGCAGAAGAUGGUGCAGACCCCUGCCGCUGUGCUGCGGUUGUUAUCGGAGGUGCGCGCCGCUCUCAGGCCAGUCGCUGAACGCUCUGCUCAUGAGUUGCUGCUCUUGAAAGUGGAAGAGUCCGCUGCGCACGGCGCACAUAUGAAUAGCGACAAGCUGUUCUUCUGGGACAAAGCCUAUUUCGAGAAAAAUGAUGAUAUAAAGAGAAGUGGUAACAACCAAGGACCUCCCCUAUCAGAGUAUUUCGAGCUCAACGACCUUGACGAAAAUGUUCGAAAUAUACGUGCAAAUCUUCGGUUUUAA